UCACCUUAAGAGCAAGAUCAACCCCAAAGAUUUGGGAUUUCUCUGGUUCAAGUUCAAAACAUAGAAAACGAAAUCUGGGUAUUGAUUGGUUCUAGCUGUUUUUUAAGAUUUCUUUUGAUUCAACAUCCAAAACGAAGCAACGAUAAUAAGAGGAAACAUUAUCUGGGUUUUGGUUGUUUUUGUCGUUGUUUAAGUAUACUGAUCCAUAAUCUAUGGAGAGUGCUGAUAUUUAUAGAGCUAGUAGUAGUUUAAGAGAUAGUUUCAGAGCAGGUUCUUCAGCGUGGAGAAACACUACGGUGGAAGCAUUUUCAAGAUCUUCAAGAGAAGAAGAUGAUGAAGAGGCUCUAAAAUGGGCUGCAAUUGAGAAACUUCCCACUUAUGAUCGAUUAAGAAAAGGUAUAUUAACUAGUGCAUCGAAAGGUGUAGCUAAUGAAGUAGAUAUUGAAAAGCUUGGAGUCCAAGAGAGAAAACAGUUGCUUGAGAGGUUGGUCAAAGUUGCAGAAGAGGAUAACGAGAAGUUCUUGUGGAAGCUCAAGGACCGUGUUGAAAGGGUUGGCAUUGAUGUUCCAACAAUUGAAGUUCGGUACGAUAAUCUAAAUAUCGAAGCGGAAGCAUAUGUAGGGAGUAGUGCUUUGCCUUCAUUUGCUAAGUUCACUUUUAAUAUAAUAGAGGGUUUAUUGAUUUCUCUUAAUAUCCUUCGAAAUAGAAAGAAACCACUCACCAUCCUUAAGGAUGUUAGCGGAAUCGUCAAGCCAUCAAGAUUGACUUUGCUUUUGGGUCCUCCAAGUUCUGGGAAGACCACACUGUUGUUGGCGUUGGCUGGGAAACUUGAUCCUAAUCUGAAGUUUUCUGGUCGUGUGACUUAUAAUGGUCAUGAGAUGAAUGAGUUUGUACCACAAAGAACAGCAGCCUAUAUCAGUCAACAUGAUGUCCACAUAGGAGAAAUGACCGUAAGGGAAACUUUGGCGUUCUCUGCCAGGUGCCAAGGGGCUGGAUACUUGCAUGACAUGUUGGCGGAGUUGUCCAGAAGAGAGAAAGAAGCCAACAUUAAGCCUGAUCCUGAUGUUGAUGUCUUCAUGAAGGCAGUAGCAUCACAAGGUGAGGAGGCCAACGUCAUCACCGACUAUGUCUUAAAGAUAUUAGGAUUGGAAGUCUGCGCAGACACUAUGGUAGGUGAUGAAAUGAUAAGGGGUAUCUCUGGAGGACAAAGGAAGCGUGUUACAACUGGUGAAAUGCUGGUUGGACCAUCAAGGGCAUUGUUUAUGGAUGAGAUUUCUACUGGCUUGGACAGCUCAACAACUUACCAAAUUGUGAACUCAUUAAAGCAUACCGUUCACAUUCUCAAUUGCACCGCUGUCAUCUCACUUCUCCAGCCAGCACCUGAGACUUAUGAUCUCUUUGAUGACAUUAUUCUCCUUUCAGACGGCCAAAUUGUGUACCAGGGGCCUCGUGAACGUGUGCUUGAAUUUUUUGAACAUAUGGGCUUCGAGUGCCCUGAAAGAAAAGGCGUGGCUGACUUUUUGCAAGAAGUGACAUCAAGGAAAGAUCAAGAGCAGUACUGGGCAGGAAAAGAUCAGCCUUACAGGUUUAUCACAGCCAACGAAUUUGCUGAGGCUUUUCAAUCGUUCAAUGUGGGACGGGGGACUGUAGAGGAGCUUUCAAUACCGUUUGACAAGUCCAAGAACCAUCCAGCUGCUUUGGUAACCAAAACUCAUGGAGCUGGAAUGAAAGAUCUGCUUAAAGCUAACUUCUCUAGAGAAUACUUGCUCAUGAAGAGGAACUCAUUUGUCUACAUCUUCAAGAUUUGCCAACUUACAAUAAUGGCACUCAUUUCAAUGACACUCUUCUUUCGGACCAAGAUGCAUCGAGAUACAGUCAGGCAUGGUGGAAUUUAUACUGGUGCUCUGUUCUUCACUGCAAUCAUGAUCAUGUUUAAUGGAAUGUCAGAGCUAUCCAUGACCAUCGCAAAGCUUCCUGUGUUUUACAAGCAAAGAGACCUCCGAUUCUUUCCUUCGUGGGCAUAUGCAUUUCCUCAAUGGAUCCUGAAAAUUCCCGUCGCAUUUGUUGAAGUUGCUGCAUGGGUGUUCCUAACCUAUUAUGUGAUUGGAUUUGAUCCUAAUGUUGAAAGGCUUUUUAAGCAGUACCUCGUGCUUUUGCUAAUUAAUCAGAUGGCAUCUGCAUUAUUUCGAUUUAUCGCUGCAGCUGGAAGGAACAUGAUUAUUGCUAACACCUUUGGGUCAUUUGCGCUACUUACACUUUUUACAUUGGGUGGCUUCAUCUUGUCACGAGAGAAAAUAAAGAAAUGGUGGAUAUGGGGUUACUGGAGUUCACCAUUGAUGUAUGGGCAGACGGCAAUAGUAGUGAAUGAGUUCCUUGGAAAUAGUUGGAGUCAUGUUCCUGAAAACUCCACAGAACCACUAGGAAUACAAGUUUUGAAGAGUCGUGGGUUCUUCACAGAAGCAUAUUGGUAUUGGCUAGGAGCAGGGGCAACACUAGGAUUCAUAUUACUAUUAAAUGUCUUCUUCGUACUGGCUCUCACUUUCCUCAAUGCAUUUGAUAAGCCUCAGGCUUUUAUAUCUGAAGAGCCUGAAAGUGAUGAAUCUGGUCGCAAAACCGAACGAGCUAUUCAGUUAUCAAACCAUGGAAGUAGUCACGGAACAAACACAGAGGGUGGAGUUGGAAUUAGCAGAGCUAGUUCAGAGGUCAUUGGCGGGGUCAGCAAUAACAGGAAGAAAGGAAUGGUUCUUCCAUUUGAACCACAUUCCAUCACAUUUGAUGACGUUAUUUACUCCGUUGACAUGCCACAGGAAAUGAAAGUUCAAGGAGUUGUUCAAGAUAGAUUGGUGCUUUUGAAUGGUGUGAAUGGAGCUUUCAGGCCUGGUGUCCUUACAGCUUUGAUGGGUGUUAGUGGUGCUGGAAAAACAACUUUGAUGGAUGUGUUAGCUGGUAGGAAAACUGGUGGAUAUAUUGACGGAGAAAUCAAAAUUUCAGGGUACCCAAAGAAGCAAGAAACUUUUGCUAGAGUUUCUGGAUACUGUGAGCAAAAUGACAUUCACUCUCCACAAGUUACUGUUUAUGAAUCCUUACUCUACUCAGCUUGGCUUCGUCUACCACCUGAAGUUGACUCUGAAACCAGAAGGAUGUUCAUUGAGGAAGUCAUGGCUCUUGUGGAGUUGAAUCCAUUGCGCCAUGCAUUAAUAGGGUUGCCUGGUGUGAAUGGUUUGUCCACCGAGCAGCGCAAGCGGCUAACCAUUGCAGUUGAGCUAGUUGCAAACCCCUCUAUCAUAUUCAUGGAUGAGCCAACUUCAGGGCUAGAUGCAAGAGCUGCUGCAAUUGUGAUGAGAACAGUUAGGAACACUGUGGACACAGGAAGAACAGUUGUAUGCACCAUCCAUCAGCCCAGUAUUGACAUAUUUGAAGCUUUUGAUGAGCUAUUCCUGAUGAAGCGAGGAGGACAAGAGAUAUAUGUGGGGCCUCUGGGUCGCCAUUCUACCCAUCUAAUAAAAUAUUUUGAGGCAAUUGAAGGAGUCAGCAAAAUUAAAGAUGGUUAUAAUCCAGCAACUUGGAUGCUGGAAAUUUCUAGUUCAGCACAAGAAAUGGCUUUGGAGGUUGAUUUUUCUAACAUUUACAAGAAUUCAGAUCUGUUCAGGAGAAACAAAGAACUCAUUGUGGAAUUAAGCACACCUGCUCCUGGCUCGACAGACCUUUAUUUCCCUACGAAGUACUCAACAUCAUUUCUCACACAAUGUAUGGCUUGCUUAUGGAAGCAACAUUGGUCAUAUUGGAGGAAUCCACCAUACACUGCCGUGAGAUUUCUUUUCACAACCUUUAUAGCCUUGAUGUUUGGGACAAUGUUCUGGGACCUUGGCUCCAAAGUGAGUAGUACCCAGGAUCUUUCCAAUGCAAUGGGUUCGAUGUAUGCAGCUGUUCUUUUCCUUGGUGUCCAAAACGCAUCAUCCGUGCAGCCAGUGGUGGCUGUUGAAAGAACCGUCUUCUACAGAGAAAGAGCUGCUGGAAUGUAUUCAGCUUUGCCAUAUGCCUUUGCACAGGUAACAAUUCAUCAGGCUUUAAGAGACUUCACUUGUCAAGUAGGAAUGUACUGCAUGUUUUCCUCACCAAACUUUUAUCAUUUGUUGCAGGUCCUGAUCGAGCUUCCGUAUAUUUUUGCUCAAGCUGCAGUCUACGGCAUUAUAGUUUAUGCGAUGAUUGGAUUUGAUUGGACUGUUGCGAAGUUCUUCUGGUACCUGUUCUUUAUGUACUUCACAUUAUUAUACUUCACCUACUACGGAAUGAUGGCUGUUGCAGUGACUCCAAACCACCACAUUGCUUCCAUAGUUUCCUCUGCAUUUUAUGGAAUAUGGAACCUGUUCUCAGGGUUUAUAAUUCCUCGGCCCAGCAUGCCUAUAUGGUGGAGAUGGUACUCCUGGGCGUGUCCAGUAGCAUGGACCUUGUAUGGAUUGGUUGUAUCACAGUUUGGAGAUAUACAGAAAGACCUUACCGAAACUCAAACAGUGAAAGAAUAUGUGAAGGAUUAUUUUGGUUUCCACCAUGAUUUUCUUGGAGUAGUCGCAGCGGCAAUUGUUGGGUGGACUGUCCUCUUUGCUUUCAUAUUUGCCUUUGCUAUCAAGGCUUUCAACUUCCAGAGGCGAUAGAAAUUUUAUUCACACACACACACAUAUAUAUGCUUUUACUUUAUUUUUAAUUCGUUUACUUUCUGUAUAGGCUAUGUAGGUUUUAUUGUCAAUUUCGCAAAGCGCUUAAAGCUAUAUUAAUACGAGUACAAGAAUUUCUUGGUCUUGCUUUAAA